AUGCUCGCUUUUUCAACACCCAUCGUCUCUGGGCUCGUUCGUUCACGCAGUCUAGCCCCAGAUCCAGAGCACGGGACCUGGUCUUUCAAAUCAUGCAGUAUGUGCUGCAUACAUCUCGCACGCUUUUCAACCUCGAAUAAUAAUUCCUGGACAUGCCUCGUAAAUACUGUCAGUAAGCCAGAGUUUUGCGCUGCGCGAGAACUUGUCAGAAUCGAACCAGAGGUAUCCCCCGAAACGAUAAGGAUGAGCAACACGCGCGUUCGCUCUGCGUCGAGCACGCGAAGAAAAAGCACAAUCUCACUGGAUAUCGUUUCUGGUAUGAGCACGUUCCCCGAGAGCCGCUCCUUGACACCGCUCGGUAAGGGUUCAGGUUUGGGUAACGAUUCCUCUGAGAUUCUCAAGCUCUCCAGGGCUCUCCAGGAAUGUUCACAACAGCGUAGACUGCGGCAAAAGCGGUGGGCAUGUCGUUGGCAUCGCCCGGUACCAUCGGGGUCGCCUUUUUUGCGCGGCGAGUCGCCACGCGCGAGGCGUUUCUUGCAGCAGUGCUUCCUGGUAGCCGAAGAGGAAUGUUGGAAACGAACAGAAAGCGAUACUGGCGUCAGUGCUGAAGGACAAACUAUGGACCAGGUGACUCCGAACGCGACACCCGAGCUGUCGCAACUUAUCGACUGCUUCUUCGCGGAGCCCGUUCUCCUUGAGCUUAUAUUCACUCGACAAACUGGAGCAGAAAAGGAACUCGAAGAGGCAUUACCCAGGGCCUGGGCCCUAGCGACCCUCAAGGCUUGUAGCUUUUGCAACCGGCACCCUAGUCGGGACCGUGCGCGGGAGGCGGUAGCCGAGUCCUGGAGAGCGCUCAGCAACGCGGCCGUCUAUGAGCAAGGUGUACUUCAGACAGAAGCAUACUUCCUGUGGCGGUUAUUCAACGGCGGAUGGUGCCAAAACGGAGGCCUACAGCUGGUGCUUCGCUUCUAUCUUCAAUGUCGAUCGCUUUUGCGCGAGCUUCGUGCAUUGGAGGAUCCCGCCGAAGAACUUGCCAUACGGGACGCAAAUCCGCCCACACUGGAACAUCUAUUGGAUCGAGCAAGGGCUCUUGUUCGGAGCGCUUUCGAUACACGUUUGCUACUGCAAGAGAGGUAUCACUCCUUUGCCUGGGAUGCGGAGUUGGACGGGGCGGCAUCUCACGAAGCCAUCAAACAACUGGGCCAGCACGCCAUCGCCCGCUUAGAAUGCAACCAAGUUUUUUUGCGGAAUCUGCCGCUGGUCCUGUUGAACUGGCUCUGUAAGGUCGACGCAUCCGGAAAUACGAGCAGCGCUUCCGGGCGACUGGUAGCGCCAUGGUGGCGAUCCAUGGUGGAUCUCAGCUACGUAACGCAUUGUGCCAUGGAUGCAUUGAUUGAGAGAGAGCUCGCGGAUAUCGCACGGGAAAUCGUGGAGGAGCAACAAUACGCUUCACAGGACUGGCGUGGACCUGUUGAAAAUCUCCCAGCAGACCCUGUGGAUCUUCUUCUAAGUGACCCCCAGGUAUACCUGGAAGCACACCGAGAACGGCUUGAAGGUUCUCGAAACGCGUCAUCGGCUUUGGACCUCGAAUCAACGAAUAGUACCGCCUUUGCGCGGCAUAGGAGCGGUGAACGUGAUGAUUUCGAGUACCUUAUGGAUGAAAGCGUGCGAAGGACGUCGUCGUCCACACCGUUUACCUCCGAUGAUUCGCAGUCAAAGACGUCUGCGAGAGGAAUUCCAUUGCCUCAGAACAGACGCCUCUUCACGCACCUGCCCACAGAUACAGAGACGACUGCCACGUCACCCAGGACAGAGGGAUAUCCAUCGACACCCGCGGUUGAACGGGAACCGCCAUCUGCCUUGAAUCCGUCCCCAGUGGAAGCGUCUUGGCAGGGAUCUGAAGUUGGCGCCCAGCUUUCGGACAGCCUUUGUCGAAUUCUCUAUGUGGACGGACAAUAUUACGUUUGUGGCGGCGGCAUUCCGUGUACCAUGCUUUCACAUCGUGCUCAACAAGCGCCCCAUAUGGCCGCGGGACGGCGAAUCGAGCAUGGCUAA